AGAAAUCCGAUAUCAUUCAUUUUUCUUGUUUAAAACACAGUUGUUAAUCGAAAGAUUUUGGUGAGCAGGAUGGAAAACAUAGUGGCAAACGUGGAAGGCUUGCGGUUCGACUUGGAGACAGCUUUAGAGCAGCAAAUUGGAUCACAACCCCUGCCCUUUCCUGGAAUGGAUAAAUCGGGUGCCGCUGUGUGUCAGUUCUACAAGCAGCACAACUGCAGCAAGGGGCCGAUGUGUCCGUACCGUCACGUCGGGGGUGAAAAGAGCGUGGUCUGCAAACACUGGCUACGGGGACUGUGCAAGAAGGGAGACGAAUGCGAGUUUCUUCACCAGUACGACAUGACAAAGAUGCCCGAGUGCUUCUUCUUCACAAAGUUUGGUAUGUGUAGCAACAAGGAGUGCCCAUUUCUUCACAUAGACCCAGAGAGUAAAGUCCGAGACUGCCCUUGGUAUGACAGGGGCUUCUGCAAACACGGUCCUCAGUGUAAAAACCGACACGUCCGGCGGGUCAUGUGCCAGAAUUACUUGAAUGGUUUCUGUCUCGAGGGUCCCAACUGCAAAUUCCAGCACCCCAAGUUUGACCUUCCAGUGUUAGAGGUCAAGGAUAACAUCAAGAAGAUCAUCUGCCACACCUGCAAGGAGGCGGGUCACAAGGCAGUCAACUGCCCCAAGGGUUCAGGGUCAUGGGGCCAGCAAGGGAGACAGUCAGAUAGGCCCAUUGGUGUGUUAGGCAUGGUCGACACGAAUGCUGGUGGUGGAACUAGCCAGACCACCGGUCAGCCACAGAGCAACGGUCCGCAAAACUUCACAGGUAACCGGCCCUACCGGAAUCUGGAGAACAUCAAGUGUUUCAAGUGCGGGGAGCUCGGCCACUUUGCCAACAAAUGCCCCAAGGGAUAUAUGGGGUUUCUGAAUAACGUCAACAGCGACCAGAACCAACAGCCCAACAGGCAGUAGCACCAACCCAGUAGCUCACCAUGGUGUGUCUUCAACCUCAUUUGUUUUGCCCACAAGAGCUAAUGUGACACCCCACGGUGCAUGUGAAUUUAACAGAGAGAACAUUCCAAUUUCUGCACAGUGAUUGUGGAGUAGUUUGUUUACAUGUUACAUUCAGCCACAUUUGUUCUGUGCAACACAAAGUAUAGGGUCCGAUCGUUAUGACGUCAAUGUGCUACGUGACCUUCCAGUUUCCCCGUGAUCGGCCACUGUUAGGCAAACGUUUGGUUAGCAACCUCAUCGUGUGUUGUAAAAUGGAGAGUAGGGCUGCAUGACACUGGUCACUGUAUGACACUGUCACUGUAUAACACUCGUCACUGUAUGACACUGUGACUGUAUGACACUUGUCCUUGUAUGACAUUUGUCACUGUUAAUAAGGGGAUACUUGUGUCGGCUUGGGCCGGACCUUGUGUUGCUUAUGCUCUGCUGUGCAUAAAUUUAGGACUAGAUUAUACUUGAAAUCCUCAGCACUGCUCCAAGAUGUCACUGGCUCUGCCUCAACAUAUUGACAGUGAUUGCCGGAGGAUUUUGCAGGAUUGAGGCAGUGGUCACCCCUCCAAGGACCACAUUCAAGAAAUAACAGAGGAUUUUGCAGGAUUGAGCCUGUAUGCAGUUUUUACGUGGAGGCAGUUGGAGGAUUUUGCAGGAUUGAGGUUACAUCCUAGCAAAAAUGCCCAGGGAGAACUGAAGCAUGUAGGAAGCCACAUUGUAUGCAGAGAACAUUAUGCACCGAUUAUCUGCUUUGUGCAUGAUCUGUUGAGGGCAGUAUAUUGAUGACUACCGGGGAUGCCAGAAAAGACCAAUAUGUGUUGGUGGUGGAUACCAGCGGACAUCUCGGUCACCACUGAAAAGUCGUCAUUUUGUAUCCAAGAGUGUUGAUGGAAGUGUUUUAUCCAAUUUACUUGCGGCUGGCAAAUUACACACGCACCUAUGGAAGCGGCUACAGCCACACGCGCACCUAUGGAAGCGGCUACAGCCACAUCCCAUAGACCCGUGUGUUAUUCCAAGCCGUAGCCGAGUAAUUCGGAUGCGGCCAUAUACUCACUAUGAUAUCACAUAAAAACCAAGUUGGUGCAUACACUUUCUAAUGUGUACAGUAUCGUUUCGGUUUGUGGUAACACCAUGUGGUCAUAACUACUGUCGCUCAGCAGAUGUUUAGUUCUGAUAAGAACUUGUCCUGGUUAUUAUCAACUUUCACUAAGUAGUUUUUUUAGUUCUGAUAAGAACAGUCCUGCUUAGUUCUAAAAGAAGUUGUCUUAGGUUUCAAUGUUUCGACUAGCCUGCUUUAGUCAUUGUCAGGAGACUGCUUAACGAAAGUUGAUAAUAAGCAGGACAAGUUCUUAUCAGAGCUAAACAUCUACUGAGCGACAGCAGUUAUUACCACAUGGUGUUACUGCAAACUGAAAUGAUACUGAUACUCCACCAUGCAAAGCCUAAAUCUUACAAUGUGUACAGGUUUUUAACUUUAAAAGUUCUGAUCUUCUUUUUGACUACUUGUUUGAAAAGGACAGAAAGUUUAAUUUUAUUUUGUACAAUUUCAUCGGAGCAAGUCGACUUGAUUUUUAAUGGCGCAGGAUCAGAUGAAAAUGUUCUUAAAAUGAGAAAACCUUGUUGAUUUAUAAUUGGUGUCAUGACUUAUGUCUGCUAACAUUCAUGAAUCAUUGCAAAAGAUUGCCGUGUGCACAGGAUCCCUUGGAAUGGAAGGCCUGGGCCGCUGUAUGGCGUCAUGAGAUACCUGUAAUUUAACUUCAUGUAAUUGUGAGAUCAGAAUCGAAUAAUCUGUAAAGCGUAUAUUUCUUUUGGAAAAUAAAUUCUGGUUGAAAUAACCACUUUUGUACAUA